AGAAGGCAUUUUGGUUGGGAAAUAAGCACAUCAUCCCAGUUUCUGGACUGUUCCGUUGUGUGUGGGUGCCUGGCCCUUAUAAAAUGCUUCUCCAGCACACGGAUGCUAUCUUCUUGGCACUCAGCUAUAGACCUCUGGACACUCUGCCUAUCUUUCAGAUCCUCUGAGCCCCACCAGAGAUGUCCUACCAACAGCAGCAGCAGUGCAAGCAGCCCUGCCAGCCACCUCCUGUGUUCAUUCCUAAGUGCCCUCAGCCAUGCCCACCUCCUAAAUGCCCUGAGCCUUGCCCACCUCCUCCCUGCCCACCUGUGCAGUGCCCACCUCCUCCCUGCCCACCUGUGCAGUGCCCACCUCCUCCCCGCCAGCAGAAGUGUCCACCCAAGAGCAAGUAACAGCAUGAGGAUUCAUCAGGACCAUGAACCGGCUAGAUCCACUUGCUCUUCCUGAUCACAGGACUCCAUCAUCUUCCCUUCAGCCUUGGUGACAGAUUGCAUCCUCCCUAACCUCUGCCUGGGAUGACAGCUGACAGAGAAAAGCUUAGGCACUGAAGCUGAUGUCAUGUUAUUGGAAGAUGAGCAUUAGGAUGGUCACCUAAUCUCCCUUUGCCGGCUGUCGCUCAGUGACUUGGUGCUGGUCCCUACCCUCAAGCAGGUCUGCCUAUUCUUUAGCUUCCCCAAUAAAGCACAUGUUCA